CGGGAGUCAGUACGUCCGCGCCGACCAAACCGUUAUUGCGAAAAAUGCCGAUAAAACGAAUAAGCUGAUACGAAAAACCCAAAAAAAAACCUACAAAAAUUCCGAAGUUACGAAAAAAAAUGUUGAGAUACUCGCGAGUGCAGUGAGAUGCAACCAGCGGGAACACAAACGGCCGAAAAUGGGGCGACUUCCACGGGCGCUACGGGGACGGCGACCACUAGGAGUCACGUGAACGGCGGCAGAUUUGACUUCGACGAUGGGGGCACCUACUGCGGAGGCUGGGAGGAGGGGAAAGCCCAUGGGCAUGGGGUCUGCACUGGACCUAAGGGACAAGGAGCAUAUUCGGGAUCCUGGCAUUAUGGUUUUGAGGUCUCUGGGGUCUAUACUUGGCCAAGUGGUAGUUGUUUCGAGGGUCAGUGGCAGAAUGGGAAACGGCAUGGUUUGGGGGUGGAAACGCGGGGGAGAUGGAUAUAUAGGGGUGAGUGGACGCAGGGAUUCAAGGGUAGGUACGGUGUUAGACAAUCCAACACAUCGACGGCGAAGUAUGAAGGAACAUGGGCCAAUGGAUUACAAGAUGGAUACGGAUCUGAAACAUAUGCUGAUGAUGGCACGUAUCAGGGGCAAUGGAUGCGGGGCAUGCGACACGGUUACGGCAUCCGGAAGAGCGCCCCCUUCGGCAAAGCGUCGAAGUACAGGGCGAACAAAACGAUCAGGGCGUCGCUGACGUCUCUCCGCAGCAACGAAGGACCUCAAGGGGGACCUAAUCCCGAACUGACAGAAAAAAGAGACCGGAGAGUUGAUGAUUCCAGGGGCGGCUUUGUGCUGAAGAUGAGUUCUGCUGAGCCUACGGCGAGGAGGAGGUCACUUGGAAGCGGAAACGUGAAGAAAGGAUUAUUCACUGGACUGAAACUGAAAAAACAACGAAGUACUGGUGACCUUGAAAAGAGAGGAGGAUCCGGUAGUAUACGAUCGACGGGAUCUUCAGCAUCAUGGGUGAGCACUGAUUCUGCGCAGUCGGCCAUGACGAAUGCGUCAAUACCGUCCGAUUCAAACGCUAGUUUUGUUAUAGAGGAUGAAACGAUGGACCCUAGUGUAGUAGAAACGUACAUGGGCGAAUGGAAAAAUGACAAAAGAUCUGGGUAUGGUAUCAGCGAACGAUCCGACGGUCUCAAGUACGAAGGUGAAUGGUACAACAACAAAAAAUAUGGUUAUGGUGUAACAACGUUCAGCAAUGGCGAAAAAGAAGAAGGAAAAUACAAAAACAAUGUUCUAAUAACUAGUCAAAAGAAAAAACUAUUCUUAAUGAGGAGCGCGAAAUUUAGAGAAAGGAUAGAUGCUGCGGUAAAUGCAGCACAAAGAGCUUCAAAAAUAGCAUUACAAAAGUCUGACAUAGCUAUUAAUAGGACAGCUACAGCUAGGGGAAAAGCAGAACAAGCUGAUAUAGCCGCAGCACACGCUAAAGAAGAUUCAGAUAUAGCUGAAGGUGUAGCCAAACAAUAUGCCCCUGACUUCAAACAACCUGGACUAGAAAGGUUAAAAGCUAGGCAAAACAAAUUUAGAGAAAUGCAAAUGCAACAACAAAAACAAAGUCUGGAUUUAGAGCAGAACACAAAUGCCAAUAGUACGAAUCAAAAAUUACCAAACCAGAUACCGAAUCAGACGCCUAAUCAAAUUCCUAACAAAUCUAAUCAAAUACCUAACAAAUCGAAUCAAAUACCUAACCAAGUACCCAACCAAUCGGGUUACAAUAAAAUGGGUUGGGCGAAUCCGGGUCAAAACCCGCAAGGUAACCCUUACCCUACCUCUCAGUAUAACGAUAUUAGUAAUAAACCAAGUAAUCCUUAUCCCAAUUUACCUACUAACCUCUAUAAAAAUCCCAAUAACCCCUCAGGAUUUAACGAUCUAGGACCAAACAAUCCGGGAGAGCUAAACACAGAUAUUGGUUUCAAAUCGCCUAACCCCGAUAUUGGAUUUAAAAUGCCUAAUUCGGAUGUUGGAUUCAAACCUUCAGCUUCGCCUAGAAAUUCAAUACCCUUAGACGAAAAUAUUAUGCAAGGCAAUUCAUUAAGAAGGAUGAGUAGAAGAGUGUCGGGUGAUAGACCGUAUUUAGGAAAUAUCGGACAACAGAGUUCAAUAGACCAUUUCGAUCAUUAUAAAAGGCCGCCUAGUAGAGAUUCCAGUGUUGACAGGUAUUCUCGAGCCACGGGUCGACUGACUAACACCAUGGGCUCUCGACAACCUUCGGUAGACAGGACUUCCGCGAACAAUCGAACAGGGGAUACACCCGAUCGAACGCUUCGAGCACCUUCCGCAACCAGAGGCUCCACGCCAGCACCACCUAGUCUUAACAAUCCCUCGCAAGCCAAAAACGGAUCCGUGAUGACCGGAAGUGCGAUGAAAGUAUCGUCGAAUACUGCUAAUAGCAUCUCACCAGUUCCUCCCUUCGAGGAUGUCAUCAUGAGAAAAAGGGGACUCGGACAAGACAUAGUACCUUCUCCAAAUCAGCCAAAGAGGACGGAGAGUUUGUUUAUACCAGGACAACAGACUGCUGCUGCCCAUCCUGUUAAAGUCAGCGCUCCUCAGAACCUAGUGACACAAACUUCGUUGCAGAGGAAAAAAUCGCUUCCAGACUUCCAGGAGCUGCCCAGGGCGACGGGACCGAUGUCCAGGGAGGAAGUCUCCUAUUUAGGUUCGGCCCGAAGAGAGGAGAUCCGAAGGCAGCAAGAUGAGCAUGAACGACUCCGCGCCAAUCCUCUUCUAUAUCUUGUCAGUCCCCAAGUCAAGGACUGGUUUUCGCGCCAGCAGUUGGUCCUUGUAGUCCUUUUCAUCAACAUCUCCCUGGCCAUUAUGUUCUUCAAAUUGUUGACAUAGUAUAGGCUAAGCGUCGGUGGACGCGCAUGGAUUUCAAGCUAGAACAAAAAAAACAAACUAUUUUCAAAACGUUUUACACAUUUUACCAACUAAGGACAUUUUUUACAGCAUCAAUUUUGGGCCAUGCUUCGGUUUGGGCAGCUACGGAUCUGUGCAAGAAAAGCGUAUUUUUUAAAUAAAGACAAACUUGUGUAUUGAAUUGAAAGUUCGAUAUUUUUUUCUUAUUAAAAUUCUUGAACAUGUAGCUGCUGAAUAUAUAAAAAUGAUGUCGAACUUUAUUAAUUCUUUCUAGAUUUUGUCAGUUUUUGCUUUUCCUGUACAGAUCUGGUAUGUCGAAUACCAUUGCGUGAUAUUUUGUGGAUAAGAAAAUGCUGUGUCGUUUUGGGAACAUUUUUCGCUGUUGGAUUUUUGUCAAAUUUUAUGAAAAUGUUUCUUGUGGUUCCGAUUUUUUACUUUUCUUUACUGUAUAAUGUUGUUAGUACCUACUGAUAUAAUUUUCCCAAUUAAAUUCUUUAUACUUGUUAAUUAUUGUUACUCUUGUUAUUACUUUACGGUAUUUUUUUUACUUAGUACUUUAGAAAAAUAUACUUUUAUUUAUUAUAUUGUAUUAAAAUGAGGAUAAAAUACAAACAUUUUAGAUAAAUUGAUUUAAAAGAUACCGUAAGUCUUUUUUGUAAAUAUACUUGCAUUUUUUUGGGGAAGUGUAAAUAUUUGUUUAGGAAACCCCAAUAUUUGAAAUUGUAAUGUUUAUUUUGAAGUUAAAUUAUGGUGUUUUGGGUUAUAAUCGUAUUAUCUUUAGAUGUAGAUAAUAAUUCAGAAUAUUUAUAAUUUUUCUUUUGUAUUGAAAAAAGCCAUCACCUAUAUAAAAAAACAUAGUUUACACUAGUAAAAAAUCGGGACUGUAAAAACUCAAAUAAUUUAUUAUACUUGACUUGUUAUUGUAAGAUUUAAAAGCAAAAUAUAUUUUAGUUUUUAGCUUAUAUAUUUAUAUUAGACUUAUUAGUCUAUUCUUGUUAUAUCUUUAUGACACUUUUUGGUUUCCAAGUAUUCAAAAUGUUUUGCAAAUACACGAAAUGAUAAUUAAUCACUUUUAUAGGUCAAAGUAUUUUUAGGUAGGUAUUUUAAAUACUUUUUAUUUAUUAUUCCAUAAAAACUAGGUAAUUCCUUAAAAAAUUAUUUUAAAUUAUACAGGGUCUCCCAUUAGUGCGUAAUUGUUCAAUAUUUUUAGAUAUACAGGGUGUUACAUUUAUGCCUAGCAAAUAAAAAUGUACAUUUUUUAAAUAGAACAUUUUUUAUUUUAUUUCAGUUUUAGAACAAUUUGGUAAUACUGUAUUCAACCCUAGAAUUUUUUUAACAAAUAUUACAGAGUUGUCAAGCAAAUACUUGUUUUAUGAAAUUAGAGAAUGAGUAAGUUUACAAUGAUUUCAAAUUUGUUUUAAAUACAGACUAAGCUAACGAAUAGUGGUGAUAGAACUGCUCUAUUUUAUACAGAGUAUUUUGGAACAUGUCUUAGACCCUUUCAGCCCCACUUUUUUAUUUUCAAUAUUACAAGAUUUAAAACAAAAAAAAAUGAUAAAUAUGUUUUAGAAAUAUAUUUUCCAGAACACGUACAGUUUAAAAAAUUUUGAUUUUUGACAUUGACAAGUGGGACGUAUAUGUCCCACUAGUAAUAUUAAAUGGGACAUAUAUGUACAUCCCAUCGGUAAAUAGAAACAGUUUUUGAAAUAAUUAUUUUCAGGUAUGGUACGGUGUAAAUCAAUUUUUGCACAGGGGCAAUUGGUACAUCCUGCAUAGAGUCGUUGUUAUUUUUUCUAUUUUUUGUAGAGAACACCUUGCACAACGUCGGCGAGUUUUACCUAGUAGAUGCGUCUCAAUAUUUAGCAUAUGUCUUGAUUUUUUUAUGGUCUACCAAUGGAUCUUUUUCGAACGUGUCCUUUUGAUUUUUCUUUACCAAAAGUAAUCAAUCAUCUCUUCGGCAAGUUAGAUUUCAAAAUCUUUAAAUGGUAUUUUUUGUCUGUAAAGUUCAUUAUAUACACUGGCGAGCAAAAAAUUGAGGUCACCUUAAAAUUUUCAUGUUCUUUGAAAUUUUACGUUUUCAGAUCGUAUUCGCAAACUCUACAUCAUUGCAUGUACUUUUGUGAGCUGAAUGUGAUACUCUAUACUAAACAGAAAUGUGUUUUUUCUUGGAUUUCAUGAUUUAUUCUGAAAAAGCAACAAAUUAACAUUUUGGGCGAAAUUCGACCUUUUGUUAUUAGGGAAAAUAUAAAACGAACAAAAUGAAAAAACUUGACACUAAUAACGUGUAUUCCCUCCUCUUGCAAUGAUGACUGCUUGAAGUCGGCGCGGCAUACUUUAAAUUAAGUUGCGGGUCACAUGCUGGUCGAUGUUAUCCCAUUCCUGCAACAGCAAUCUUCUCAGCUCCUGGGCAGUUCUUGGUGCUGGUGUGUGUCUGCGGAUCCGUCGUCCCAACUCGUCCCAGGCAUGUUCAAUGGGAUUCAUGUCUGGGCUGCGGGCUAGCCAGUCAAACCGCCUAAUUUCUACCUCAUCCAGAUACUCAUUGACAAUUCUGGCUGUAUGUGGUCUCGCAUUAUCUUGCAUAAAAAUGCCACGUUCCCCCAUAGUCACCAUGAAAGGCAUAACUUGGUCUUCUAGCACCUCCGUAAUGUACCUGUGAGAGGUUAGGGAGCCAUUUUCUAUGAAGAACAACUCUGUACGAGCUUGUGCAGUGAUUCCCGCCCAAACCAUAACUGACCCACUGUCAAAUGGAAAACGCUCGUCAAUGCAAAGUUCAUCUGACCCAGUGAGGCAAAAAGACGACUCAUCUGAGAACAAUACCCAGCUCCAGUCAUCAUCAUUCCAACGAACGUGAUCUCUGGCAAAUGUCAAUCUUGCAGUCCUAUGCUGGCGUUGCAACGGGGGCCUGUAGCCAUUCUUCUGCAUGACAGUCCAGCAGCAUGAAGUCUUCUUUUAACGAUCCAUUCACUAACGUUGACAUUUCUCACUUUUUCCAAUUGAUUUCGCAGUGAAAACGCAGUAACUGUCCUAUUUCGCACACUUGUGGACACCAAAAAACGGUCAUCUCGUUGAGUGGUAACUCUUUUUCGCCCGGGCCCUGGUCUUCUAGUGAUCAGGCUAGUCUCCAGAAAGCGCUGGUACACCACAAAGACUAGCACCAACAAUUCUUGCAGUUUCACGUUGCCCCCGACCAUCUUGUAACAGCGCAACAAUUGUUGCCACAACAAUCGGAUCUAAAAGCAUUAUGGGCCUGUUAAAUCACUACACUUUGCAAUCGUUAGGUUUUACACAAAGAAUCAACAGUAAACUGGAAAACAGGCAAGGGAAAUAUGAAUGUUCAAUUAGCGUAAAGGCCAUUUUUCAUAAAAGUCGUACAAUAAUAAAUUCUAAUAAAUCAAAUGACAGCUGUUAAGUCUCGGAUAACAAUUGCUUCCACGCCUACCAAUACUAUUAUGUCCUUAUCAUUAUUAACGCUAAAAUUAUUCGCAAUUUCUGAAGUGACCUCAAUUUUUUGCUCGCCAGUGUAUUAUCCAGCUAUUGACUGCGGCAACCAUUAGUAACCUAAAAAAAACUUUUUUCCACUACUUACUGGUCUUGCGGACCAUGUCAUAUAAGCCUAACAUUUGGUCAGCUAAAUCCACUCCUCCCAAGAAAUUAUUAUAAAAUUUUAUUGCUUCUGGACAUUCUAUAUCUUUUUGUAUGCCAUCUUUGCCUCUGUGUUGAACAACAGUCAAGUUUUUCCGUGGCAGUUGCUGUAACUUCUUUGGUGUCUUGCCAUUUGACACAAAUGGUACCAUACUUAUUUCCAAGUAUUUCGGACUCUCCUCUGUUUAAUUUUUUUGUAAUCUUUGGCAUAUUUUUUCUAAUGGAAAUGGAAUAAUAUUUUACAGAUGUAAAAAAUCUGUCGAAACAUAAUACGACAUCUGUUGACUUUAUCGUACUUUCGCCAAGAGUUUCUUCUUAUUGCUGAUCUUCCUUAUCAGCAUAAAUAUUUAUGUCAUAGGUAUAAUCAUUGGUAAAUAUUGCUCUAGUUCAGAACGGCCUUUAAAUUGUACUAUACUUUCAUCAAUACUUUGCCUCGAAGAAUCUGCUUGACAUUUUUGGAAUGUUGACUUUAGACAGUUCACUAGUUCAUCCACAUAAUAAUAACAAUGUAAAUCUAUUUCUAGAAAUACUAUUUUCUAUUCGUGUAUUUCCUACUGAAGGAUGUGUAGACCAAUAAUAUCUAAGACCUGGCAAUCUGUUAUAACUUAUUACUAGGGAAGAUCCUAAAACAAUUGCAAUUUCACCUACAUCGGUUUUAGUAAUGCAUUUCUUUUUCUGUUUUUCUAAUAUUGUCAGCCUUUUAUUUGUGAAUUCAGAAAUAAAGAUGAAUAUACUGGGAAGAAACAAUUUUUUGAACACCUCAAAUCGUGUCAAAGAUCUUGUAAAUCCUUUGUCUAAUUCACACGUAUUUUUUGCAGGAAUGCUGAACCUUGGUAGAAAGUCAUUAGAGAGGCUUGACCACACAAUGGCUUCAUCUUGAGUUUUAUUGUUUUCUUACAUUUCUUGAUUUUGGUCUUCAUUUUCUGUGCGAUCAUCGUUUCUACAUUCUCUUUCACUAUCUGAAGAUUCUCUUUCACUAUCUAAAGAUUCUCCGUCAUCUUCACUAAUUUGGAAGAUUCUGUUUCGGUUUCAUAAUCUUUAUCUCUAUCAUCAUCUAUAUCUUCAUCUUCAGAAACAUUUGCCCAAUAAUUUUAUUUUUCUUCUGGUAAUGCUCUCUUCGACAUACUGUAACAAUAAAACCACUGGGUUUUAUACGUCCCACUCGUAAAUACCACUGGGAUAUUUUUGUCCCAGUAGAAAAUGGCAUGUUUUUUACUUGGUUUUUGAAAUAAAUUUUGAGAAUAGAUAUUAUGUUUAUAAUAAAUUUAUGUUUAAAUUUAAUCACCAGUUAAAAUUUUUAUGAAAGAACUGGAAAUAACAAACAACGCAAAAAAGCUCAAAUACGUCUAGCACGCUUGUAAACAAGUGAACAAAUAACCGGUAAACAACAAGCCACGUUGCCAGAACAUCUCUAUUUUCAAGAAUAUGCUUAAAGAAUACCAUUAAUCAAAUAACAACAUUAAAAUUGAGUCAUAUUUAUACCAAAUAGAAAUUUUAAAUUCUCGUCGGGACAUUUAUAGCCCAAGGAGGUCGAAAGGGUUAAAUAUGGUUAAUUUUAAUUUUACUAAUUUUUUUAAAUAUAACACCGUGUAUAUUAUUUUAACAUUAAAUAUAAAUUUACCUAUCCAAAUAUUUUAACUUGUUAGCCAAUAACACUUGUACAGGGUGUCCUAUCAGUGCAUAAUUGAUCGAUAGCUCUUAUUAUUAGAAAUACAAAAAAAAAUUAAUAUAAAAGUUGUAUGUCAUGAUUUAAUAAUUGUUUUUAAAUAUACUGGGUGGUCCAUAAACGAGGGGCUGAACAAACCUAUACUUUUCAAAGCAAAAAGCAGGUGAAACAAUUUUAACAGACUUUAUUUAUUUAAUAUGUUUUAUAUAGGGUGUGUCAAAAGGCGAGGUUACGAUUUCUUUAAUUAUUUAAGUUGAAUACCCUUUAUGUUUUACCACCAAUUAUUUAUUUCAUUGGGAAAAUCGUAAUCUCGCGUUUUGACACACCCUAUAUACAACAUAGCAAAUUGUUCGAUGAUGUGAAAAUAAUCAAACAUAUAAAACAACCUGCACAAUUUUUUGCUUUAAAAAAGUAUUGGAUUAGUAAGCCCUGAGGACCACCCUGUAUAUUUAAGAAUACUUCUUAAAUAAGGCCAUACAACUUUUACAUUACUUUUUUUUUCAUAUUUCUAAUAAUAAAACAGCUAUAGAUCAAUUACGCACUAAUGGGACACCCUGUAUAUAUGUUAGCUUAGUAUCUUAUAGGUCUGUAUCAGUUUUGAAAUCAUUGUAAAUCUACCAAAAUUUGAUAAAAUAAUUAAUUGCUUGACAACCGUGUAAUAGUUUUAACGGCAAAAACGCAACACCCUGUAUAUCCAAAAAUAUUUUUAAAAUAUGUAUUUUUCAAAUCCAUGAACUUUUAUUUCAAAUUUGUUUGCGUCUCUAUAACACAAAUUGAAAUAUUGAACACUUACGCACUAAUGGGACAUCCUGUAUACUUCAAAGGAUGAGUUGGUGGCGUUGUCACUUAUCUACAAAUACCAUAAGGAUCUGAAUGUUUUUCUCGAAAUAGUUUGAAAGCUUGCAAAUCAAGAAGUGUAAUAUUUUGACAAUUCUUGCAAAACGGUGGGAUUCAGCAAGAAGAAUUUUAUGAAAUUGGUCGCACAAAUAUCUUCCUAAUGAUAAAAUUGUAUAGAUUUUAUAAAAAAGUGAAAGUUUGGGGAACAUAUCUUAUAUCUUUAUGAUGUUAUUAUGAAGUAUUUUUUAAAAUUAAAGUAGAGUGGUCCAAAACAUGUUUGCAACAUUAAACAAUCUUCCGUUUUUAGUAAUACACAUUACUAGGGCUGGGCCAUUACCAAAAUAAAUAAUCGAUUAUCGAUUAUUUAAAAUAAUCGAUUAAUCGAAAAUAAUGGAUCAAUCGAAAAUAAUCGAGUGAUCGAAAAUAAUCGAUUAAUCGAAAAUAAUAGAUUAAUCGAAUAUAAUCGAUUAAUCGAAAAUAAUCGAUUAAUCGAAAAUAAUGGAUCAAUUGAAAAUAAUCUAGUGAUCGAAAAUAAUCGAUUCAUCGAAAAUUAUCAAAUAAUCGAAAAUUAUCAAUUAAUCGAUAAUAACCGAUAAAUCAAAAAUAUUCGAUUUAUCGAAAAUAAUCGAUUAAUCCAAAAUAAUCGAUUAAUCGAAAAUAGUCGAUUAAUCUAAAAUAUUCGAUCAAUCCAAAAUAAUCGAGUAAUCGAAAAUAAUCGAUCUAUCGAAAAUUAUCAAAUAAUCGAAAAUUAAUAAUUAAUCGAUAAUAAUCGAUUAAUCGAAAAUAAUCGAUUAAUUAAAAUUAUUCGAUUAAUCGAAAGUAAUUGAUUAAUCGAAUAUUUAAAAAUAAUCUAAUAAUCGGAAAUAAUCGAUUAAUCGAAAAAAAUCUAUUAAUAUAAAAUAAAAUAGUCGAUAAAUCAAAAAUAUUCGAUUCAUCAAAAAUAAUCGAAUAAUCGAAAAUAUUCGAAUAAACGAAAGUAAUCGAUUAACCGAUAAAUUAAAAAUAAUUGAUUAAUCGUAAAUAAUCGAAUUUUUAAAAAUACUCUAAUAAUCGGAAAUAAUCGAUUAAUCAAAAAUAGUCGAAUAAACGUAAGUAAUCGAUUAAUCGAUAUAUUAAAAAUAAUAGAAUAAUCGAUAAUAAUCGAUUAAUCGAAAGUAAUCGAUUAAUCUAAAACAAUUCAUUAAGAAUAAUCGAUUGAUCGAAAAUCAUCGAUUGAUCUAAAAUAAUCGAUUGACUGAAUAUAAUCGAUUAUUUGAUUAUAGGAUUGUCGAUUAAAAAAAUAUAUAAUAAUCGAUUAUUUUGCCCACCGCUACAUAUUACUAACAAUACAACAAUGAAUAAAGUUUAGGAAUUUGUUUUAUGAUUUUUAUUUUGGGAUUGGUUUUGGACCACUAUAUAUUUAUUUUGAACUCCAUAUAAAAACCUGUAAAUAUAAAAAUGUAAAGUGCUAUUCAUCUUUUUGCUAAAUGUAUUUGUAUAAAAAUUUUUUAGAGAAAAGUCUAUUAGAUUUUACAUUCUCAAUAAGAUAAUGGUACCGGUAAUAUUACUACCUAAAAUACACGUUGUUUAUUAAAAAUUUUUAUAAACUCUGUAGUUGAACUAGUUAAAUAAUUAUUGAAAAUUUUGGCCAUAAAAAAAGCCUAUAGGUCAUUAAGAAAUCUUCAUUGUGUCCUUUUAUGGAAUAUAUUUAUUGUUUCUUAAAAUGUGCUUGCUUCAAAUCUAUAUAAUGAUGAAAAGGUAAAUUUACUACAAAAACUCUUUUUUAAAAAAAUAUUAAGUAUAGUUAUUAUAAAAUACUGCAUUUUUAAUUUAGAGAAAAUACUAUAUUGCCUAUGAAUUAAAAUAUUCAUGAAUGAAACGCAGUCUUUUUAAGAAUUAGAAUAACUAAAUCAAUAAUGGCCGUUAUUAUAAAACAUUUUACUUGUUAAGUAAAAUUUACUCUCCCAUAGUAUUUAACUUGAUAGAUUUUCGUAUUAUAAAUCAUGGUUAAAUUUACUUGCUUAGUAAAACUACAAAAUAAAAUACUCUAUGAUUUUCUGUCAUGUAAAUUUUUUUUGAGGGUUCAACUGACAGCAAAAUGUGUGACGGAUGUCACCUUAAAUUUUGUAUUUAUCAAAAAAUAACUGUUAACAGUUAAAUUACAUUUGAGAUCAUGUCUGUAUAUUUAGUAUCUUUUGUUGAGUCAGUAUCAGAUAAUAAAUACUUUGUCUACCAUAUCAACUGAUGAAGAAGAAGCCAUACAAGCUAAGCCAAGACAAGACGACCUAGAGUUUUUAGACCACAACCAAGGUCCUUUGAAUUGAAUUGCAUAAUGAAGAAGAAUUUAAAAUAAGGUUUAGAUUAUCCAAAAGAACUGUUUAGUAUGUACUAACCAUGAUUGAAAAUAAUAUAAAACCGAUUACAGCGAUCACUUUAAUGUAACAAAGGCUACCUUAGGCAGGAUCGUAGGUACAUAAAGCAAGUCAUGUCUUAUCAAGACUUAGGCAAAGAUUUAUUACCAUGCCAAACACAAUCCAAACCAGGAACAGAACAUGUUCAAAGUUUUAGAAUAUGUCUAAUGUCUUGGUGCCAUAGAUGGAAGUCACAUUCGAAUACAGUCUCCUGGUGGUAAUAGCAGGGAAGUAUUUAGAAAUCGUAAAGGCUAUUUUUCAUUGAAUAUUCAAGCUGUAUGUAAUGCAGUUUUAAAAAUUAUGGAUGUGGUUCUUUCCGUGACAGCAAUAUAGGUAUUUGAUGACUCCUUAAUCAAGGCUAAAUUUGAAAAUAAAUUUGCCAAUACAUAUUUGACAGAGGCUGAAAGAAAAUACAACAAUGCCCAUAUACGAACAAGAAAUGCCAUUAAAAGAACAUUCAGAGUGUCAAAAAGAAGAUUUCCAUGUUUAUCUUUAGGACUUCGUGUGUCAGUUGUUUAAGCGAUACCAAUUAUAAUAGCCACAAUUGGCCUACAUAACAUUUGUAGAGAGUUAGAAGAUAAUUUUAAUGGUGCCUAAGAAAAUGUUGAAAAUAACGAUGGAAGAAGCCCAAUGCAUAAAAAAUAAUUUUGCUAUUAGAAACGCUGUGAUCCAAAAUGUGUUUCAAUAACGAUUCUGUUACAUUUGAAUUAUUUUUCAUAAAAUAAAAAGUAUCAAAUUUUUUUUUAUUCAAUUAAAAUCACUUCCAUACACUUGUUUAAGCUGUAGAGUCUUUUCUUUUAUUUCUAAACUUAGUUUUUUUUUAUUUUAAAAUAUCUCAUGAGCUCGGUUCUUCCUUUUCUUUCCGAAUCUUAAAAAUAUCUAAUUUGAUUUUUUUCUUUCUCAUCAUCUACUUUCAAUUUUUUCUUUUUAUGGUACGGAAUGCCACAUUUUAAAACUGUUCUUGCUUUACUUUCUUCUUUCUUAUUAUCUUAAAUUAGCUCCAGCUUUUGUUCUUCCAUCUCAUCCAGUAGAGUAUUACUGUCGUAACUAUUUCUUAUUUCUUCUCGCGGUUCCUCUAUUAAAGACCCUACCUUCUCAACAACUGGAUCUAUAAUCUGUAUCAGCGUCGGUUUAGAAGAACCACCGGUUUUGUAUAAUUCUCUCUGUAAGUUAUUCUAAAUUUAACAAAAUAUAUCAUUUAUACUGUUACGAACUUUCUCGUUUAAUUUGUCUUUUUUAAAUUUCUUUUUAAGGGACUCAUAAAGAAAUUUAAGCUUCGCUGCUGAUCUCUCUCCAGUUUGUGCUGUUCCAUUAUACUUUUUUGAGAUUUCUUUAAUUUUACACUCGACCCGUCAGUUUGUUUUCUAUUACAUUUUUAAAAUCUUUUACAAUAUCCAAUAACGGCUCUUUCUCCUGUUCGAUAUAAUUCUUUCCUCUGUCUCGUUUUUUCCAUUUUCUGGUUAAUUAAUUCACAGCAGUAAAUGAUCUAAUAUAUCUAUAAUCGAAUUAAAUUACAGGUUUUGAGCUUACAUUAAAUUGUAAUUAGAUGAAACAAAAUGGAUUCUAUGUAUUUUGAGGUGAUCUUCUCAAAAAAAGGCAAAACAAAAUGUAGCAGUUUUUCGAAAGUGCCGAAAUUUUGGAUUUCGUCAAUUUUUCAAUUUUGCGCAGGCGCAUGUCGGAAAUAAAUCGAUAUUUUUAAAACGCAGUUUACGACAUUUGAAAGCUUAAGAAAAAUGCUAAUUUUUAUGUCUUUUGAGAAAUUUUGAUCCGAUGCACCGUUCUCGCGGUAUGGACGAUUGAAAUUUGUUUAGUAUUUUGAGGUGACGAAGGUCGAAAAAUUGAAUUUGUUAAAUGUUCAAACACUAAAUUCUUCAUAACAUUGGUAAAAAUUAAGAUAUUUGAAAAAACAAAAAAGCGUUUUGAACUUAAGGGAUGUGACUAGUGAUUUCUAGAAGGGGGCAAGAGAAAUCCCAAAAUUGGGCAUAUGGUGGAAGGGCAAAGUGUACCGCGGUCCUAAUUUCAUUGUUUGCCUAUAACAGCCAAACUAUUUGAAUUUUUUUAAUGCCACUUACAAAGCUUACUCUUAAAUGUGAAAUAUUAUGUGUGUGUGAAUUUCACCGACAUCGUACCAUAAUUGGCUAAGAUAUCAAACAAUUAAAUACAUUUUUUUCCUUAAAAAAAAAUAAUUUUUUUUUCGAAAGUUUGAAGUGGCACAAAAAUGCCAAAAAUGCACCCAAUGGCUCAAAACUUUUUUUUUUGAGUAUUCUAUUGUGUCCAGAAUACGAUUACGUUACGGAAAAUUCUGCAAAUAUAUUUUAUCUAUUUUUUUGACCACUGUUCAUUGAGUGACUAAACACUAAAACACGAUUUUUGAGAAAAGUUGCCUAUAAUUGACAAUUUUUAGUUUUUUGGUCUUAAAAUUAAGCAAACCCCAAUUUUAUGUCUUUUAAAUGUGUAUACAAAGUUUAAAGUUGUAGAAUUCUCCCAACAAAAGUCCCAUUACACGCGCUCCGCGGGAUCCAAAACUCGUGUAUACACUACAUUACUGUAAUUUGGUUUUUUUUGCGAUUUCCAGUUUUAAAUUUCUUACAUAUCUAAAUUUAUUAGGCUUAAAAUUUAUUAACUUGUAUUUUACUGACUUGUUAUAAGACGUUUCUUGAGUUUUGUGCAAAAUAUAGAAUUACCGCCAAAUUAGCCGCACGCGUCGCAUCAAGGAUAGUAAUGGUCUCGGCGUUCGCUAUCUGACAAGUUUAAACUUCAAACGGUCAUAUUUUUACAAAUUGAAUCGCUUGAUAGCGUUCAUCGGCAUAGAUUUUUAAUAACCGUGUUCAGCAAGCUCUGUGUUCACGUGGCUUUUCGAACUUCUUCAGCAAUUUAUUGAGUAAGUACGUUCCUAAAUUAAAAAAAUUCUAUCACAGUGCUAUCAUUUUUUUGUUUACAGGUUGCAAUGGCUGGCCUGUAUUUAUUAUGUCAUCAGACACUUGCAAAGGGUGAACUAUUGCAGAUUUGCAAUGCGACCUAUGACAUUCGAAAUAUAACCGAAAACUACGCAUUUUUUGUGCUUAGAAAAUUGCUCGUAAAACGAGUGGUUUUUUUCUUAAAUCCAACAUUUUCCCUUUUUUUUAAGAAAAAACAAGCACACUGUCGAUUUUUUCCGAAAUUUGGACACUUUACAAACUGAAAAUAUAUUAGAAUCAGUAAGUUUAAUGAGAAACAAGCUUACUUUCUCUCCCAAUUGCCAGAAAAUUCGAGUAGCUUCAAAUCUCGCGAGAAUUACCGAUCUUUGCACACGUGCGCUCAGAGAACAGUGGAUGCUAGAAAAAAUGUAUAUGCCACAGUUUCUCGUGUCUUUUUUUUUUCUCUCUAUCAUCUGAUGGAAACAGUUUUCUAUUCACAUAAUUAGUUUUCGAGUUAAUUAAGAAAAAAGUACGAGAAAUUAAGAAAAAAUUGUUUUGCAAUUUUUUUCAAAAAGUUCGGAACGUAACUAGAAAAUACGUAUUUUUGUCAUGCAUAUAUCUCAAAAAAAUACGCAAUUUCUCUCAUGUGCACAUAUGUCUAACAUUUAUAAUUUCGCCACAAAUUCAUCGCAAAUUUCAUGUCCAUGGUUCUGAUCAAAAAAACGAAAAAAUGACUUUUUGGUAAAAGCACUUCUGGCGGCGAGAAAUUCUCCAUUAAAACUACCUGUGCAAUGAAUUUCCGAACUAUUUUUGCCCCCUCUUUCGAAUGGUGCAUUUAUUUUCACUAUCGGAAUAAUACUUGCCCAGAUAAUUAGCAUUUUUACAAUGGAAAAUUCCGGAAAACCCGGUUUUCCUAAUUUAAAAAAAAUUGAAAAACUGCUACGUCUUUUUUUUAUUUUUUUCGAAAAGAUCACAUCAAAAUACACAAGGUCCUUUUUGUUUCAUCCAAUUACAAAUUAAUGUAAGCUCGAAGGGCCUUUUUUUCGUUAUUUAAUUGGACUACUAAGGAAAUUGUCAGAUGCUAAUGAUCAUCAAAAUCGUCAGUAUUUUUAAUAUAAAUAGCAAAACAACUAAAAAAAUAGUUCGCCAUCUCUAUGAUAAUAAUUAUGAAAUGUAUGCCUCAGCCGAUAAAUGUCAUUUUAUUCAUUUAAUAGUUACUUUCUUGGGGCAUAUUGAUAAUAAUACGGAACAUUAUUUAUUUAGAUAAUUAUUUGGGAAGUAAAUUUACUUGGCAAGUAUCUAACUUUAGUUUUAUUUAACCUUUAUAAUACUGGCCAUAAGUUGAAUAAUUAGAAAAUAUUAUAAUUUUCAUCCAAAUUGACAUUUAAGAAAAUUGAUCCUUAUCGUUAUAGCAUUGAUAAUUAAAAUAUUUACGGUAAAGGUGUCAACUAUAUUUUAAAAACUAUACGCGCAGAAUUUUGGAAAAAAAAUCACAAAGAAAUUACUAAAGAUUAUGUCUAAGUUCUUAUCAUCGCCAUUGUAGAGAAAAGGUAAAAUAUGGAAAUAGUAAUAUCGUAAAAUUUGCGAAAUUUUAACUAAUUUUGACUAUCUACUCAUCUGUUUAAUAUUGAUUUUUUUCUACACCCGUAUUAUAAUUAUGCACUUAUAUUAAAUAAUCCAUAAUCCGUUUCAUAAAAAUACCCAUUAUGAUACAGAUUUUUCAUAACGAUACAGAUUUUUAAUCAAUAGAAACUCAUAAUUUUUCAAUCAAGCAUGCUGUGCAUUUGACGUUUGCCCUAGGUUCCUAUCUAAUUGUUUUAGUUGUCAAAAUCAGUACCUAUUAAAUUUUCGUAGAUAACUAAACUUCGAUAAUUAUAUUAUCAAAAUGUCUGAUAUCAACGAUAUAGAAGACUUACCAUUGACUCCACACAUAUCGGAGAAAGCAGAAAAUGCAGUACAAAAUAUUUUGCCCCAAAAAUCUAUGGUAAUUACAAUUUUAUAGAUUUUUUUAUAAAAAUACGAGUAAUUACUGUUAUUGUGUUCAGUACAAAUAUAAAUAUAAUAUUUAUAGUUCUUGAUUAUUUAUUGGGUGUAGAAAAAAUAGCGUAUGCAACUCUCAUGUAAUGGUUAUUACAUGAUCGUUGCAUAAUAUACUAUUCACAGGAAAAUAUGCGUAGUUUCUGAGAUAUAGGGAUAUCCUACGGCCACCGUCAGUUGUAGUACGCCGCUACAACUAAAAUCUACAAGCCCUUAGAACGCGCCAUAUCAUUAAAAAUGGGAGAUAGAACAUCUAAAGAUUCUCUGAUUAAAAAUAAGACUAUAAAACGAAACAUGCUUGAGUAAAAUGUUACUCGUUUCCGAAAUACAGGGCGUUAAAGUUUGAAAAUUCAUAAUUUAUUUAUUUAUUACUAUAUUUACUAAAUGAGUUGCUAGUAGAAAAUGACUUUGUAAGUUCCCAACAGAGUACAUGAUCUAUUUAAAAGAAACCAAAAAAAAUUAUACUCCUUAUGAGUUUUUGGACAGUGGCGUAAAAUUUUAUAUAACAUUUUAUUCUCUUUUGGAUUGUUUUAGUUUUAUCUCUAUUUGUUUUUACAUAAUGGGC